UGUCAAACAUUGUGCUCAAAUAGAAACUCGUCAUUUUUCAUCUUUGCUUGAAUUCUGCGGCUUCGUCUCGCCCUCCGACAACACCUCUGCUCGUCAGACAUCUUUUUACACGCUCUCCUUCCAACUACACCUCUGCUCGUCAGACAUCUUUUUACACGCUCUCCUUCCAACAACACCUCUUAACGGACAUAUUUCACACCGGCGAGUGAGAGCUGGCGACGACAAGACGUCCCAAUCGCUCCUUUUUGGAGCUGAAACACGGACGCUGGCUGGAAUGAGACGUCGAACGUCGAUAAAAGGUUGUGUUUGCCACUAAGCGUCCGUCGCUCGUCCAACCGUCGACGUGAUUGUUGGCUGUUGGGACGCAAACAUGAUGUCGGGGAAGCAUUUCAAGGCUCAGGAAGUGAGCUGCUGCAUCAAGUACUUCAUCUUCGGCUUCAACAUCAUCUUCUGGUUCCUUGGACUGGCAUUCCUGGCCAUCGGGUUGUGGGCAUGGAGCGAGAAGGGUGUUCUGUCCAACAUCUCAUCCAUAACUGACCUGGGGGGCUUCGAUCCAGUCUGGCUCUUCCUGAUGGUCGGCGGCGUGAUGUUCAUUCUGGGAUUCGCCGGUUGCAUCGGAGCGCUGCGGGAAAACUCCUUUCUGCUCAAAUUUUUCUCAGUCUUCCUGGGUAUCAUCUUCUUCCUGGAACUGACAGCAGGAGUCCUGGCCUUUGUCUUCAAAGACUGGAUCAAGGACCAGCUCAACUUUUUCAUCAACAACAACAUCCGGGCCUACAGGGACGACAUUGAUCUGCAGAACCUAAUCGACUUCACCCAAGAAUAUUGGGAGUGCUGCGGAGCUUUCGGAGCCGACGACUGGAAUUUGAACGUCUACUUCAACUGCACGGAUUCCAACCCGAGUCGAGAGCGGUGCGGCGUGCCCUUUUCCUGCUGCACCAAAGAUCCAGCGGAGGACGUCAUCAACACUCAGUGUGGGUACGACAUCAGAACCAAAUCGGACUCUGAGCAGAGGACUUUCAUCUACAUUAAAGGCUGCGUGCCACAGUUUGAGAAGUGGCUGCAAGACAACCUGACGGUGGUGGCGGGCAUCUUUAUCGGGAUUGCAUUAUUACAAAUUUUUGGCAUCUGUCUCGCACAAAAUCUGGUGAGCGACAUUGAAGCAGUCAGAGAGAGUUGUUUGUUCACUUAAACGCGGCCGAGGGCAAGAAGGAUGUACGAGGCCUCUUCAGACUGGACACCAGCGACGACGGGGGACACUUGACCAGCUUUAGACCCCGUCUGAGAACUCCUUCAAGCAAUCAUUAUUCAGCCUGAGCCCCGCGUCAGAUACACUAACCCGGCGUUUAAACUUCCCCUUCCUCGCAUCAUUUUUUACACCGGUAAGUGCGCCGUCUAUUUCCUCAAUCUCCGCCUCGAUGGUUUGUCAAUGGAGUUGGGAGAGGAAGUGACGUCACCACAGCCAGCUUCGUAACUCUGAAGGUAAUCACUAGAAAGAUGGCGGCGUGCCCGUGUUUCUUGUGGGACUCCUGGUCAUGUAAAUACUACUUUUGUGGACGACCUCUGACAUGUGUUGUCAAUACAUUGCGUUGGGAAGUCCCACGCGGUGGCGAAAGGGAACCACUGCACUUUUUCAUGCACAAAUAUAAAGUUCCUCUGAGAAAAACACUGCAUGCCUUCUGUGACACGGACUCACCUGACCGUAGUACGUUGAAGUAUUUGAAAGUAUUAGGCUAGUUUUCUGGUGAGUUGGUCGGUUAGCACUUUGUGUAAAAAUAAAGAAAAACGAAGAAUGGAGUUUUAAGUUGCCGAGAAUUAACCUGAGAUUUUUCCGUGGCAUUACCUUCGUAAGGGUGUGGUUAUACGAAGAUUAUUGACCAUUUGAAAUAGCAUGAGCAUUCUCCAAGAACAACCUUUUUAAGCACUUUAGGAAUAAUCAGCUGCUGGCAUGAUUUAGUCCUUGUAGUUCAACAGGCGGCCACUAGAGGAGGCACUUUCUUCAGCCACUAGAAAACAGCCAACUACACCAGGCCUGGGUAAUUACUUUGACUCGGGGGCCACAUUUAGAGAAAGAAAUGUGUCUAUUUUUAGGAACACUAAUACAAAACCUCCCAAUAAUGUCCGAUUGAAUGCUAAAAACGUCAUGACAGACCGCCUUAAAAAACGUAAUGGAAUUUUACAUUUUUCUAUGAAGGAUAAAACACUGAAUAUUGACAAAAUAGGAAUGUCACACCCCCUUUCCAUCGACAUAUUUUACCAUCAAGUGAAACGCAACAAAAAUGCAACAAACAGUGAAAUAUGAACGCGAAGGGUACAAAAUAAACCAACCUACAAUCUGAUACAUCACUAAGCUUUAGAACUUUGUUGUGAAAAUCUCCUUCCGCGUCUGUGGAAACGCUUCCCGCCCACACUGCUUGGUGCCUCGUCUGAGCUGCUGUGACGUCGAUGACCAUAGUAACUAAUUACAUGACCAUAGUAACUAAUUACAUGACCAUAGUAAGUAAUUAGAUGACCAUAGUAACUAAUUACAUGACCAUAGUAACUAAUUAGAUUAUCAUUGUAACUACUUAGAUUACCAUAGUAACUAAUUAGAUGACCAUAGUAACUAAUUAGAUUACCAUUGUAACUACUUAGAUUACCAUAGUAACUAAUUAGAUGACCAUAGUAACUAAUUCGAUUACCAUUGUAACUACUUAGAUUACCAUGGUAAUCUAAUUAGAUGACCAUAGUAACUAAUUAGAUUAUCAUUGUAACUACUUAAAUUACCAUAGUAACUAAUUAGAUGACCAUAGUAACUAAUUAGAUUACCAUUGUAACUACAUAGAUGACCAUAGUAACUACUUAGAUGACCAUAGUAACUCAUUAGAUUACCAUUGUUACUACUUAGAUGACCAUAGUAACUACUUAGAUGACCAUAGUAACUCAUUAGAUUACCAUUGUUACUACUUAGAUUACCAUAGUAACUAAUUAGAUGACCAUAGUAACUACUUAGAUGACCAUAGUAACUCAUUAGAUUACCAUUGUAACUACUUAGAUGACCAUAGUAACUCAUUAGAUUACCAUUGUUACUACUUAGAUUACCAUAGUAACUAAUUAGAUGAGCAUAGUAACUCAUUAGAUUACCAUUGUAACUACUUAGAUGACCAUAGUAACUCAUUAGAUGACCAUAGUAACUACUUAGAUUACCAUUGUUACUACUUAGAUGACCAUAGUAACUAAUUAGAUGACCAUAGUAACUACUUAGAUGACCAUAGUAACUAAUUAGAUUACCAUUGUAACUACUUAGCUGACCAUAGUAACUAAUUAGAUGACCAUAGUAACUAUUAGAUCAUCCCAAAGCGCAGAUUCCAAGCAUGUAAAGACUUAGUAUAGUUGAAGAUCAUUAUAAAAGAUGAGUGCACAUCAUAAUGGCAGCUACACUUUACAUCUUAAACAUCUAAAAACAUAUUUGGGAAUGUCCUGCAGGCCAGAUUGAAAAGCUCAUGUGGCCCCCGGCCCUUCAUUUGCCCAGGUCUGAACUACACUUAUACAGUUUGUAAACAGUUACUCUUUCACUUCUUGUGUCUCUCUGUGGGUUUUGUUAAUGAUCAGUUUGAGUCAUAUUUUACAAAAAAUGCUCAUUUGGUUUGCUAUAUUUGGUUGUUUUUCCACAACAUUUGGCUAUUUAUAAUGUGCUAUAACAAUGUUUGCACCUAACAACAACAACAACAUAUGCACACACACGUAUUAUUUAAUGUCUGCAAUAUGCUUUGCAGUCACACUCACUGGAGGAAACACUUCUUUAUGUUCUGUUUAUUUGUUUCCGCCAAAAACUUCAAAGGAUUGUUGCUUCAACUCCCUCUUUUGUACCACUCAGUGCCAAAAUAUGUCCUUUCUACAUAUUCCCGGUUGAAGUUGAAUAUUGUUUCCUGGAAUGUUGUUCCGACAUCUGGUGAAGAACUGGAUUGUGACAAUGUUGUAAAUAUGUUUGAAUAAAUGUGCUUCUUUGUACAGAUUGUG